UGGUCUGUUGAUAUAUCCAGAAGGACCUUUAAACUGUGACUGUGAACCAUGUGAUAUGUCAGAAAUGUUCAGACCAUUCCACAGCUUACUUUACAAAAUAAGAGAGUUACUACAUACACUCAAUCUAUAUGAAUUGCAUUUACUUGAAAAAUCUCUGUCUAGUUCCGAGGAACCUUGGAAUUAUUUGGAAAAAGACAUUAACAAUUCAAAUGAAGUAUCGUUGCAAUCACAGGAAGGUGUGCCAAUUGAUCAGUCACAUAAUAAGAGACAUCGUGAUAGCGACAUUUCGUCAACGUCCGGUAGCAGUCUAAGUAAUCAAUCAAACUCUUCUACAAGCACUGUCAAACUGAACCAAUCACCAGCAAGUAUAGUUCAAAUUGACCAAUUAGGUCACAGUUCAAGAGAUAUGAACCAAUCAGCUGCAGGCAGCUCAUUUCAAACUGAUCAAUCAACAAAUAGGAAUGUAGAUGAUGGUGAAUAUAGAAUUGCAGAAACUUGUGUGCCCACUCGUAGCAAUAAACAAGGAACUCCUACAGAGAGACAGGAUGUACAGAGACCAGGGCUUCCAGCAGACUUUUCGAUAUCUGUGGAUUUUAAACAAGAAUUUGCUACGAUUACAAUUAGACCAGACACUCAUAGUGAACAGUCUAUAAUUUGCAAACAAACUGAGGUAGCUACUGAGGAUGAUGUCAUUGUUGGUUCAGUUGAGGGUAAAAUAGGUAAUGACGAUCAAUCUGAGGUGUCAGUUUUAGACAAUUCAACUGAAACUUCUCAGGUAACUUUUGAGGUUGAUGACUUGGGUGCUGCCGCAAACAUUGAUGAUGUCACUGCUGAUACUUCGUCACACAAAAUACUCGCAAUGUUGUGCAUCCAUGGGUGGGUUUGUAGAUGA